AUGGCUCAGCAUACUUCAUCUGCGCUCUUCGACAAUUUCCGCAAGAGCCUUCAGUGCCGGCUACUCGACAUUGCCUACGAUGUUACCCAUAGAAACCCACCCUCCCAAGAUAGAAUUCUCUCAAUGGUCAGUCAUGCCUCUCGCACACUACUUGAGCUCAAACGCACGGGAGAGAUGAUGGCCCUCGAUGCCUCGACGCAUGAACUCACGCGCGUGGCGCCUAUCUCAUAUUUCCACCAGGUCCUCGAGCGCGAUGGACAAUGGCCCAUGACGGAGUUCGAAUGGGGUUGUCUUUACACGCACGACAGCUUGAACAUGCUAACAGAACAUAUCACGGGCAACAGAAACUCCGAUGACAUUACCCGUAACUUCCAAGCACAGGCUAUUCUCUGGGACAUGCGGGUGCGAUUCCCUAGCAUUCUUUCUGGUGCUGGAGAUCGUGCCCUUCCUUCUUAUGAUGUCCGCCAGAUCCCAUCGGCAGCAGUCGUUUCUACGCGGUCUCGUAUUCCCCAAUUGGUUCGUGCGGCUCGUCCUGAGGAGACUUACUUCACUUACAACCCUCAGCGCCCACCUCCUACUCGUGACAACCAGCUUCGGGCCCGGUCAGAGUCUGAAGAUGCUUGUAUCGUAGGUCUUUACCGCAAUCCCAGCAUCGAGCCUAGGUAG